UCCAGUUGCAUUAGCUGGAGGAAGGCGGACGGACGAAGGGGGGCAGGGGGCAUUCCUCUUAUACUGCAGACCAGGCAGUGGGGAGCUUCCUGCCACUUCCCCUCUGUCGCUUCCUUUUUUACGGUUAAAUAUGAAAUUUGCGGAGAAGGACGAAGACUUUGUGGCCACGAACAAUCUUCUCUUCCCAGAGAAAGGAUUAAUAUCUGCUACGAAACCCACGAUUGACCGGCGGCAGCAAGUUUUAGUAUUGUAGAGGGAGAUUGAGUUCAGCCAGAGGAGUCGCUUCAGUACGCACUAGAGAAGAAGAAUAACAGAAAAGGAUGUUCGAUCGAGUUGAGGGACCGUGAAAGUAAAUGGAAGAAGCUCUACACUAAGAGUGUUUGGUUCUCUUUGACAGCGACUGGUGCUUCUCCGUCUUGCAGCACCUUGAGGACCUGCUGAGUUGGACGUAAGGCACGGACCAGAGGUUGAACCACCUGCCACCACCAGGCCUCCACCACCUCACACUGGACCACCUCCACCCAUAUCAACAUCAUCGGCCUCGUCCUGGCCUCCUGGUGGACCCACUGCUUCACAACAUGAGCAACUACUGCCACUGACAACCCCAGGAAAGCACAGUGAGAGUAGCCAUACAGAUGUUUCGCAAAAAAGCAUCUUCCUCCUUGAGAAUGAGAAGAAUAACAGAAAGCACUAGAUGGAGUGUAGACCGUGGUCGGAGCUUAUCCUUCCAUGAGGUGCGUGACCAGCAUGAGGCAGAGAUGAGGGCCACAGCUGAGGAGUCACCAAACAGCAAUAACAGUGUGGGAAGUGGAGGAGGUGGUGGCAGCACUGUCCUGCAGCGGCUCCUGCAGGAGCAAAUGAACCGGAAUUAUGUGCUGCAACAACAGCAACAACAGCAACAAGGAGGACCAGGGGGUGGAGGGGGAGGGGGUUACUCAGGACAGGGUCAGGGACAGGUAGGCCCCUCUGAUGACCACUCCAUGACCCCCCACAUUGCUCGCCAGGAGCCCCAAGGACAGGAACUGCAGACAGACAAUGGCCUGGAGAAACUUGGUUCCACCAGAGUAGGAGGAGGGAGUGCAAGCAGUGGAGGGGGAGGAGGUUUAGGGACUGGAGGAGGAGGCGCCAGCAGUGGAGGUGGUGGGAGCAGCCAAGGGCAAUGCCAGAAUCCAGAGGACCUCCCUACGUACGAAGAGGCCAAAGUACAGUCACAAUACUUCCGUGGCCAUGGUCCUCCUCCUCAGCCUCAGCAGCAGAACAACCAGCCCCAGCAGCCUCCUCUCCCAGCCUCAGUGGGUGCCGCUUUCUACGUCACUGGGGUGACCAGUGCCAAGGUGCGCACUGAGGGUCGCCCAACUGUGCAACGAGUGAGUGGCACUGGGAAAGUCCACCAGGAUGAUGGGCUGAAGGAUCUUAAGCAAGGGCAUGUUAGGUCUCUCAGUGAACGACUUAUGCAGCUCUCUCUGGCCACCAGUGGUGUGAAGGCCCAUGCUCCUGUCACCAGCGCCCCACUCUCCCCACAGCUACCCCCUCCAGGGCCACCAGGUGACUACUACAAGCCGCAGCAUCGCGGCCCCCCUCCAGACUACCCCUUCAAAGGAAUGGGCUCGCCUAUGAAGCAGCAAGAGACUGGGGGCCUGUUUUAUCAGGAGCAGAGAGGGAGGGAGCACUCCCGGGAGGUGCUCCCUGUCCGAUACCAGCCCCCACCCGAAUACGGCUCAUUCAGGUCCAGUAAGGAGGGCUCAGUUCACUCACAGAGGCCCGUUCACCAGCACAGUCCCACCUCCUCUGUCACCUCUGUGGGCUCCUUGUCCCGUGCUCAGUCCUCCACCCUCAGCAGCAUGCUGAGCUCCUCCCACUCCUCCCACGCCUCCUUCCCCCACCAGCACCCCCAGAACCAAGGAGAGCCUUUCCCUGGCAUGGCACCCCGCAGUCCGCAUAGUCCCGCUUCUCACCAUGUAGGUGAGCCCUUUACCCUGGGGCCCAGUCACCCGCCGCUACAGAGAGGUCAUGGUUUCCCACACGACCCCUAUGGCUCCACCCCAAGGAUGCACCAUCAGCAGCAGCACCAUCAGUAUCAACAGCAGCAGCAGCAGCAGCAGCUCCAAGGACCAGCAUCUCCCCAACUCCAACUGCCAGUCCAGGCUGGACAUUUCCCCCACCCACACUCCUACUCCCACCUGCAAGGGGAACCCUUUGCUGUGAUGGCACGUGCCCACCAAAUGGUGGAUGUGCUGACGGAGGAGAACAGGAUGCUGAGACAGGAGAUGGAGGCCUGCCGUGAGAAAGUUACUAAGUUGCAUAAGUUGGAAACAGAGAUCCAGCUGGUGUCAGAGGCCUAUGAAAACCUUGCCAAGUCCUCCUCCAAGAGGGAGGCCCUGGAGAAAACCAUGAGGAACAAGCUGGAGUUGGAGGUACGCCGGCUGCACGACUUCAACAGGGAUCUCAGAGAGCGCAUGGAGACGGCCAAUAAGCAACUUGCUGCUAAAGAGUGUGAUGGCUCCGAAGACAACCGCAAAACCAUCUCCCAGCUGCUCACACAGAACAAAGAAACGCUGCGUGAGAAGGAGAAGCUGGAGAUGGAGCUGAAUGCGCUACGGUCCACCACUGAAGACCAGAGGAGACACAUCGAGAUCAGAGACCAGGCACUUAACAACGCCCAGGCCAAAGUUGUCAAGUUGGAGGAGGAGCUGAAGAAGAAGCAGGUUUACGUGGAGAAGGUGGAGAGGAUGCAGCAGGCCCUGACUCAGCUCCAGGCGGCCUGUGAGAAGAGAGAACAACUUGAGCAUCGACUCCGUACAAGACUGGAAAGAGAGCUGGAGUCGCUACGCAUGCAGCAGCGACAGGGAGGCUCCCAAAGCAGUGCUGUGGUCCCGUCUGAGUACAACGCCACAGUGCUGAUGGAGCACCUGAGGGAGAAGGAGGAGCGGAUCCUGGCUCUGGAGGCCGACAUGACCAAGUGGGAGCAGAAGUACCUGGAAGAGAGCGUGAUGAGGCAGUUUGCCCUGGACGCCGCUGCCUCCGUCGCCACUCAGAGAGAUACAUCUGCAGCAGUGAUAAGCCAUUCUCCCAGCAGCAGCUACGACACGUCAGUAGAGGCCCGAAUUCAGAAGGAAGAAGAAGAGAUUCUCAUGGCCAAUCGGCGCUGUCUGGACAUGGAAAGCAGGAUAAAGAAUCUCCAUGCACAGAUCAUAGAAAAGGAUGCCAUGAUCAAGGUGCUCCACCAACGCUCGAGGAAGGAGCCCAUCAAGUCAGACCUGCCAUCUGCCAUGAGGCCCUCGAAGUCCCUGAUGUCCAUCUCCAACACUGGUUCUGGUGGUUCAGGACUGCUUUCACACAGUCUGGGACUCAGUAGCUCACCCAUCACUGAAGAACGCAAGGACUCUAGCUGGAAAGGUAGUCUGGGGGUUCUGCUGGGUCCUGAGUUCCGUACAGAUUCUCUCAGGACAGAGUCAAUCUCAUCAUCCCCCUCACCAGUGCUUCCCUCCACCCCGAUGACCGCAGGCCACUCGAAGACAGGUAGCAGGGACAGCUGCACGCAGACUGAGAAGGGCCAGAGUCAGGAUACCAGCAAGCCCAGCACACCAGCCCUCCAGAGCAUGACACUGCCUGCCCGCCUGUCUAGCCCCAGCCCUGUGUACAUCCCUGACCGCAUAGCAGAUGUGGCAGUGUUUCACAGCAGCACCCUGGAGCGGCGGCUCCCUGUUCAGUCCCACCCACAGCAGCAGCCCCCCCCACCGACCCCUUCCACCCAACAGGAAGUGGACAACGACAUGGUGGAGAUCCUCAUCUGACCUGUGGCCUCUGGAAAUCAUUCAGACGAAGAUGGCGGUUCUAUCAGAACAAGCACAGCGACAGAUAUGUAAAUCAUCCCGGCUCAUCCUUCAAACCCACAGCUCUGCCUGUGCCGACCGACCCACACCAAGACACAUUUUCAUACUCUUAUGUUUACAUGUGCAUUCUUUCAAACACUUCCAGCCCAACCCGACUUUUACACAUUUCCUUCAUUCCUUUACUGAAUCAGUUACUCAUCAUAGCAAAACGCAGGAAUCAAAAACAAAAAGCAGAAGUGUAACACCCCUUUUUGUCAUGACUCAGUUUUUGCAGUUUUCCUAAAUGUUAACCAGAAGUGGAAGUACAUAGUCUCAUAUUUACGUUUCUGAUGCAUUUGGUGCUUUCUCAUAACGGUGGUGAUGGAUUUAACUUAAGCAUAGUGUGUUUGAUGUUGAAUGAAAGUUAAUGAGCUCAAGUUUUUUCACUCAUGAUGUUAAAGUUGAUGCAAUUAACAUUAAGGAGAUGGAAAAUAUAGAAAGGAGCAGACAAAGCUGAAAGCCAAAUUCUUCUCAUACACAUACACAUCCACGUAUACAAAUGUAUUUUUAACUUUUACAUUUAAGGUGAAGGAUUUCUUUUUUUUUUCAUUCUUAGUAUUGCAUGACCCACUGUGGUUGGUUACGAAGGCUUUGUUUAAAUGCACUACUUUUCUUAACUGGGCAAUUUAGUGUCAUUGUUACUGUGUGUACAGACAGUGACAGUGACCAUAUUACUAACUGCAGCACCAGUGGCAUUUCAGCAGAUUUGGGAGGUUUUGGGAGGCUUAGCAUAAAGCAUUUUCCCUUCCCAAUAUGCAAGCAAAUUAGGAUGAAAAAAACUGCCCUUAAAACAAGGAUCUAGCUGUAAGAGAAAGCAGCUUGUUGUGUGUACAUGUGAUAGAGAUCUGUAAACUCUCCUGUUCAGAGUUGCUGCAGGCUGGUUAGCUCCAUUGGACCAAAUGUCUUGGCUACCUUUUCAUUGCAUUUAUUGCACUAAUUAUUUUUGUGUUUAUUUUUGCUACAUUACUUUAAGACUUCUGACUUUAGGUAUUGUAUUUAUGUGUAUUUUUUUCAUUGUAGUUAGACACAGCACUUGGGUAAUCAGAAAUCACAUAAACAUAUUAAUUGUAUAUAUAGAGUAUUUACAUACGUAUGUAACUGUGUACUGUGGGGGGAUCUGAGAGCUGAACCUUAGAGCUGUUUUACAUUUCCAGAGCUAUUGAAUGAAUGAAUUGGGAUGCUGCCUUUAUGAUAGCAGACUUAUUUUGCUCCACGGUUGGUGCAAAGUAAUCUGAAGGUUAAGUGCUACAUGGGUCAGCAAGCAUGCACAGUACAAGUUCUCUAUGAAAGACCCCCAGACUAGUACAUGUGUGCAGGUUGGCUAGAUCCAAACAGGCAAAUGCCUGGCUGUGUCCACGGCAUGAAGGGAAUUCUUUUGUAUUUUGGAAACAUGGAGCCCACUGUACAACUCUCAGUGACAUGAGGGGAGGGGGGGAGAGUGACAGUAUUUUGGCUGUCUGCAUGGCCCCACUGGUUGGGGUCACUCUCAAGUAGCAGAUGCUCUUAAGAGUAAAACAUUCAGUAUUUCACCUCCCAUGCUUGAAGAACAAUAUAGAGGGGAUUUAUCCAUUAGUAUGAGGCACAGCAUGUCACAAAUAUGACAUACAUACACUUUAUUGUGAGUAUUUAUAUUUUCAGCCACUUGUAUUAGCAUACCACCCACCUGACAUGUUAGUGGAUCCAAACAAACCAUGGUAAAUGACUGAGGUUUGAUUUGAACUAAAACCAGACUUGUCACUGUUGGACUAAGUCUGCUCUUCCACUGUCAUAAAUAUAAAUAUGACUAUAUAUGAUUUUGAUUUUGAUAUAUGAUUUUGGUAAGUUAUCAGGCUAGGACAAUUUGGUAUUACUUUACACUACACAUAGUGGAGUGUUUGGCAGGUCACAGAAUGGACCGUUACUUAUCCCUGUAGAUAAAAGUCUAAACUCAUGUUAAUGUUGAGCUUUCAGUCAGAUGAAAUAAUCUGGGGAUGGGGUGAUGUCAUUCCUGAAGAAUUUGUUGAUUUGCAUGACAUGUCUCUCCAAUCAUUUCAAAAUAUUAGCAUGAAAUGACCUGUAUAGUUUAAUGGACUGCACAUCACUUUUACUCCACAUUUAAAUCAAGGCACAAAGACAAGAAUAGCUGAGCCUUUACAAAAUCAAAUGUUUUUUAUUGUAUGUGGUUAAAUAUGAAAUUUCCAGUAAGGUCAAUAUAGUUCAAUUCCAGAUGUCCACUGAAGACCAAAAAUGUUGGACCAAAGAAGCUAAGAAUGGUCAGCUAACUGAUGUAGUUUUAGAGGGUCAAUAGGAUUAUUUCACUCAAGACUGUGUGUCAUCACAAGAACUUAAUUAGGAAUGCACUGAUAUGUUGUAACUGAAUAUACAUGACAUCUGAGCAAGGAAUAAGGACUGACCACUGCUAACCUUGUCAGCCGAAAUGAUUGGUGUUAUUUUUGUCCACUGCAGAAACCUUCAAUCCCUGUGUGCCAAAUCAUUUGAAAGUCAAGUUGCUUCGUUUCCUGGCACAGAACAUGCAGCUCUCUGUAUUUUGACUGAAGCAUGUUUAUAGCUGCCAACACAUUUUAGUUCACUGUUGUGCUGGUAUCCAUUGCCAUAUUAGUAUUGGUUAAUAAAUGUGUUGACAGUUUUUUUCCAGCACCACCAGCACAUUAUUAAGUGUCCUUUAUACUGGUACUGUAUAAUAUCUAUCUGAGAACUGUCGUGUGUCUUGUUGGGCUCAGCUGAAAUCUUGAAGACAACGGACCCUGUGGAAAUCAUAAGGCCUCAGGUGGGAUCAGUGCAGGUCUCUGAUGGUAACCUUUAGGAAGUUAUCCUCACUGUGGUCACAAAUAAAACAGGUUUUAUUUGUGACCACAGUGAGUUUUAAUUGGGUUUUGAAUGAUUUUCAUGAGCCCAGGACCAGAUAAACCAUUCCCCUAAAAUAAAACAAGUGCUAAAAUGUAGCUGCAGUUAAAUUUACACAUUUGUUGUGUUCCAGCCUUGUAACAAACACAUUUCACUGAAUGGUCUAGUGUAACUGAUAUUUUGAGUAAGGCCAUUAUUAAUCAUUAUUAAUCAGACCAGAACAUUUCAAAAUACUCUUUUCUUAGUUGGUUGCAGAGGAUCAAAUACCAAAUACUGAAACAAUGUACAGUUGUUCUGGUAUGUACAGUAUUGUCUAAUGCUGGAGUCUUAUGACUACAGUGUACAGCUCCAAGAAACAGAGUGAGCUACCUCCAGUAAGUUUCUAGUUUCAGAAAGGACAAAGAAAACAAGCAUAUGUUCACAUUUAAGAGGUUGAAACCAGUGGACAUUUAUCAUUUAUGUUGUGAAUAUUAUGACAAACAAACAAUUUGACAUUCAACAACACAGUGCAAAAUGGUUGCCAAUUAAUUUUUUGUCAUUCAUUUAAUAGUUUCAGCUCUAUAACCGUGUUCUUUCAGGCAAUGUUUUUGUACUGGCACAUACACAAUGUGCUGUUAGCAUGAGCUUAGCAUUAACAAGUAAACACACCCCAACAACAGUGUGUCUGAUUUGAAGCAGAAGUGUACAUUCAUUGUACAGUGCUGAUGAUGUUUUUUGAUUUCUGUUUUUUGACCAUCUGAAAGUUGGGACACAAACAUUUUGUAACUUAGAUACAGGAUGUGACUUCACCAUCCCACCUGAGAGCGAACCUCAGGCCUUGGUCCUGCUUCCAGCCUGCACCAAAGCAUCCCUCAGCUUACAGUCUGCCAUGCACACACAAACUGGAGUCACUGCUUUUUCUGUCAGUAAAUAGAACUCAAUUUGUGUUACAAGCUCCUUUACACCAAAUUAGUUUUUUUUGUGGACACAGAAAAUUUGAGGUGUGGGAGAUGUGUUUGUCUUUACUUCUUGUUGUAAUGUUUCCGUACUGGCACUUCUGUCGUGCUUUUCACAAUUGUUGUCUGUUAGCAUGUAGAGCUUAUCAUCAGCUGUCUUUCACCACACUUCCUUAAUGUGACAAAUGCAUGGCAAAGAAAAACUCAGUCCAAACUGUCAUGACGUUUGUUAAAGGAGACAGAUUCAUCAACUUAUCUGCUGAAAAUAUAAUGAUGGAGCAGUUCAUGUAUACUGGCUGUAAACAAAUAGUAAAAAUGUCAAUGUCUGUAUUGUAGUGAUUCUUGUUUAAGGCAAUGUGUGUCCAGUCUGUUUAUAUACAUGCUGCUAAAUUUUGUCAUUGCUGUACACAGUUCACAUAAAAGCAAUUUUCGGAUUAAUCAUCUUUUUUACAACAUUCAUCUCAUCGUGUCUUGUAUUAUGGUAUGAAGUCAUUAAGUUUUCUCUGUAUACUUUUUCUGACAAACUCCAAAAUAACCAAAUGUUUGUUAUAUAAAUGAGUUAAUUUAGUAUUAACUUAAUUAUUUUGUUAAAUAAAUUAAUGCAGAGACUUUAA